AUGAGAGUCCGGAUGCGAUUUGUGCCGGCUCUCGUUGCAGUCUGCCUCCAAGCCCGUCUUGCUACCGGCGAAGGGGGUACUUGCAACGACCCCUUCCGUCCGGUCGACACUCCACUCGACGCGAGGCUGCCUGGGCCCAGUUCCCCUUCGAAGUGUCCGACCGGCCGCCCUAGGGUCGAGUCCAGCGGGCUGUCGACCAAUCCCCGUCCGCCUGACGGGCCAGACUCCGUUUCAUCCAACCGACCUCACUCGGCCGGACAGAAAGUAUCCCUUCUUCUGGUCAGCGACAGUCUCGCGUUAAUGGCAUUCCAACAGACUUUAUUUGCCGACGCAGUUGCAAUAAACUGA